UAUCAAAUUCAGUGGUUUGUAAUAUUCCGGUGAAUAUUAAUGUGAUUAUGAUGUUCGACAAAGAUCCCUCACCGUUAUUACUUUUUACACUUUUCUGCAGUGCUAGAAGCUGUUUAACAACCUGUAAAUCGAAAUGCUGCCUGACAACACUGUGUUCUGGCUUCUGAUUGGUGCGGAGUCUACAGCGAACGGCACGCUGGGUAAACGUGUGCCGAGCGCUGACCAGAAGUAGCGAGACGAUAGUUCGGGAUUAGGCGAGGGAGAAACUGUGGUGGAGGAAGUGUUCUGUUUAUAAAACUGAUGAAAGACUGAUUAUUCCAAGAGUGAGCCACAAGGAGUCUGAGCCCAUGGAAUCAAGUGAGUCAUUGCCAGAGUACCUUCCAGGAACUACUACUACUCUCCAUAAAAAGAACCAAUCUUUGAAUGGACGGGGGGAGGCCACAAACUCUGAGAACAAUAUGGAGGAAGAGGAGGAUGAAAAGGACUCUGAAAAGAAAACAAAUGAUGAAGCCACAGACUUUGUGAACAAUGGGGUGGAGAGACCUAUCUCACCUGUAUCCAGUGUUUUGUCAAUGCAGACCAGCCAUUCCAAUCAUCAUGAUCAUCCAAAUUUAAGGACUCAGCCCAUGGAAUCAAGGGUACGGGGAUCUGUCUCACCUGUAUCCAGUGUUUUGUCAAUGCAGACCAGCCUUACCAGUCUUCAUGAUCCUCCAAAUUUUAGGACUCAGCCCAUGGAAUCAAGAUACCAGCCCUGUGAUGUCUGUAGUGAUGGAAGGGUCAGAGCUGUGAAGUCCUGUCUGACUUGCUCUGCCUUAUACUGUGAAGUCCACAUCAGAGACCAUUACACUGAAUUUGAACUGCAGGAGCAUAAACUAGUGGACAUCACUGACAACUUGUACUGCCAGCAGGAAGAGGCAAAACACUUUUCAGUCUCUGUGGAGACAGAGCAGGGUGAGACACAGUCAUCUGUGACUGAUGCUCAAGCUCUGCGCCAAAAUAGUUGGAAACAAGAAUGGAAGACUGGAAGGAGACCUGCGAGAAAGAGUGCAACUGGAAACACCGUCCUGGGGAAACGGGAGUUUAAUGGGGGGUUUUCCCCUGUAUCUGGAACUUCAGAGUGUGAGGCACAUAGUGCAGAGGCAGGGGAAGAGAGAAGGAUGGAGGAGACUGAGAGGAAGAUCGGAGAGGAAGAGAAGAUAAAGAGGAGGAAGCUAGAGAGAUAUAUCAAUGCAGAAGAAGAGAGUCUGCAGCCCAGACCAGAGUCCAGCGGGGGCCACCUGCCCAGUCCAGAGUCCAGCAGGGGCUGCCUGCUCUGGACAGUUGAGUUCCCCUCAACGCUCCAGUGCCCGCGCCCGCACCCGGACCAGUACAGGCACAGGCGCCCGCGCCCGCGCCCGCGCCUGCCCUCGCUCCCGGACUCGAUCCUCCAGGACCUGAGCCCGGACCCGGACCAGGACCUGAGCCCGGACCCGGACCAGGACUGGAGCCCGCACCCGGACCAGUACCCGAGCUCGGAAAUGGAACGAGUACAGAGGGAGCAGGCUGAGAGAAGGAACAGAGAAAAGAGGAUGGAGGCUUUGAGAAGGGUACAAAUGAGCGCUAUAAAAAUGAGAUACAAGGUACAAAAAUCUUUUUUGAAAAAGUUCUUCAAACUUCCAGAUCCAGGCAUGUUGAAUUUGCAGGAUGCUGAAAAUAUGCUGGAAGAGUCUGAGAAAGAGAUUAAAGCAUGGCAGGAAAUGCAGAUGGAGAAUCUAGAGAGAAAGAUCAGAGCAGAGAUGGAGGAACUCGAGAGAAAAAUAAGGGAGGAAGAGAGGGAAAGGAGGCAGGAGCUAGAGAAAAGUCUCAGAGCAGAGAUGGAGGAACUUGAGAGAAAGAUAAGGGAGGAAGAGAGGGAAAGGAGGCAGGAGCUAGAGCAAAGUCUCAGAGCAGAGAUGGAGAAAUGGAGGGAGGAACUUGAGAGAAAGAUAAGGAAGGAAUAGAGGGAAUGGAGGCAGGAGCCAGAACAAAGGCUCAGAGUAGAGAUGGAGAAAUGGAGGGAGGAACUUGAGAGAAAAGCCACGUUUCCACCGCAGGAACUUUCCCCAGGAACUAGGAACCUUGAUGGACCGACGACGGCGUCGCUUUUUCAUACGUCAGCGGACUAAUUUGCCUAAUUGUCGCGGGACUUUAGACCGCGGUGGAAACGCAGACAACAAGUGGGCUGAAGGAACCCUUUAGUUCCUUGAAAAGUAGUUCCUGGGACUGAAAUUUCUGGGUACUUUGGGUGGAAACGCGGCUAAAGAUAAGGGAGGAAUAGAGGGAAAGGAGGCAGGAGCCAGAACAAAGGCUCAGCUUUUGUUAUUUGUUGCAAAAUAAAGUCUUUGUUUGGAUUUCUAAGUUCAGUUCAAAAGAAGACUGAAGACUCACCUCUUCAGGCUGCACCUCUCCCCAUCCCUCCCUACCCCCCUGUAAAUGACUGUAAGCUUAGGGUUGUAACUAGGCAGCUGUUUCGUAGGUGACUUAGGUGCAUUAACUGUCUUAACGACUACUUGUAUUUUUUCCGUAGACUGCGUUGCUGCCGUUCUCGUUGUUAGUGUUAAUCAGUUUAACCUUCAGGGUCCAAGUUGAACUAUGCGGUUGUUCCCUGCACUUGGACCGGUACUUCUCUCUAGGGGUUUCGUCAUACUUGUUCCUGGUUAUGGUUAUACACUUUGUUGUACGUCGCUCUGGAUAAGAGCGUCUGCCAAAUGCCUGUAAUGUAAUGUAAUGGAUUUGCGUUUUAGAGUUCCUUGAGUUUUUCCGCACUCUGCAUUUGGGUCCUGGCCCCCAUUGCCUGACGAUAUUAUCACUCACAAUUUACUUAACCAUUGCAUGAGUAUAUUUUUCUCUGUUGUGCUAAACAUGUAUUACAGGUUCAAGUACAGAAAAUCAUGUAAAAAUGUGGGUGUUGGUGACAUAUGGAUAUGGGUAAAAAUAAAACGUCUACUGGUAAAUAUAUGGGUAUCUGAUUUGUAAAGGGUAUUGGGUAUAUUAUGCCGUUCUAUUGACCUCAUGUUAAAGUGCCAUGAAAGUUCUUGCCCAACUGUGGGGGUGGACUAUUGCUGCAUUAUGAGUGAAGAGUCUCUAAAAGAUUUUUUAUUGA